AUGGGUUUGCUAAUUAUUAGUCGGCUUGCAUCAAGAACACCCACAUGCUACCUGCAGCCAUUCUCAGUUGCCAAAUUAUGGCUCUCCACCAAAACCGGCCCCCUCCGGGACAAAAACAUCUUUCUCAUGGGGCCCCCCGGAGCCGGGAAGACCACAGUGGGGAAGAUCGUGGCCCACAAACUGGGGCUGCCGUCCGUCGACAUCGAUGACGAUGUGCUGGAGGCGGCGUGGGGGAUGCCGGUGGCCUCCAAGCUGGCGGCGGUGGGCGGGCGGCGCUUCCUGGAGGAGGAGGGCCAGGCUUUGCUCAACCUGUCCGCCUCUGGGUGCGUGGUCUCUCUGAGCGGCUCCAACCCGCUGCACCCCGCCGCCAUGCGGCACGCCCGGCGGAGCGGCCUGGUCGUGUACCUGGACGUGGACGCCGAGGACAUCCUGGGCCGGCUCGGCAAGAUGAGGGUGGACAGGGUGGUGGGCCUGGGCCAGGAGGCGGGCGUCUCCAUGAGGGACGUCCUGCUCCACAGGAGGCGCUUCUAUGAGGCGUGCUUCGACGUGCGGGUGCUCUGCGGGUCCGGGGACACGGUGGAGGCCGUGGCCCAGAAGGUGCUGAGGGCUGUGGAGCGAUACGAGAAGCACGACCGGGAAACCUUCAUAUCCACCAGGUGUGACGGAGCGGCUCAGGCUGGUGAGAAGACCUACUUCAGCGACGUGGUCGUGGAGGGUCUGGCGGCAGACGGAGGCCUCUAUGUUCCUGAAAACGGUCUCCCGGUGCUGGACGCCGGGGAGUGGCGGCGGCUGGUGUCCAUGUCCUACCAGGAGCGUGCCCUGGUCCUGCUGGAGAAGUGCAUCCACCCGCUGGAGGUCUCUGCCGGGGAUCUCAGGGAAAUGGUGUUCAGGGCGUACGGGCCCAACUUCUCCAGCGACGCAGUGGCUCCCGUGAGGCACCUGCUGGGAAACCAGUAUGUCCAGGAGCUGUUCCACGGCCCCACCGCCUCCUUCAAGGACCUGGCCCUGCAGCUGAUGCCCCAGCUCUUCAGCCACUGCCUCCCCCCCAUGUGCAGCUACCUGGUCCUGGUGGCCACGUCGGGGGACACCGGGGGGGCGGUGCUCAGCGGCUUCGGCCGCCUGGGCGCCGCCGCCCGCCGCCGCACCGGCGUGCUGGUGUUCUUCCCCGAGCGGGGGGUGAGCGAGGUCCAGAAGCUGCAGAUGACCAGCUACGGGGGCGGCAGCAACGCCCGCGCCGUCGGCGUCCAGUCCGACUUCGACUUCUGCCAGAGGGCCAUCAAGAGGAUGUUUGGGGAGGCCGGGCUGGUCGGGCACCUCGCCGUGGAGUAUGGCGCCGUCCUCAGCACCGCCAACUCCAUCAACUGGGCCAGGCUGCUGCCACAGGUGGUCUACCACUCCUCGGGCUAUCUGGACCUCUGCAGGGACGGCGUCGUCCAGUUCGGGCAGCCCGUGGACAUCUGCAUCCCCACCGGUAACCUCGGCAACGCCAUGUCGGCGCUGUACGCCAAACGCAUGGGCGUCCCCAUCAGGAGGGUCAUCUGCGCUUCCAACCACAACCGGGUCGUGUCCGACUUCAUCGCCACCGGCCAGUACGACCUGCGGGGGCGGCCCCUGCUGCCCUCCAGCUCCCCCGCCAUCGACAUCCUCCGCUCCUCCAACCUGGAGCGGCUCCUCCACCUGCUGUCGGACGCCAGCGGCCGCCUGGUCGGCGCCCUGUUUGCACGCCUGGACGCCCAGGGCUGCUUCCGGGCGCCCGGGGAUCUGCUCGCCGCCGUCCAGCGGGAGCUGGGCGCCGGCUGGUGCUCCGAGGACGACUGCCUGGGCGCCAUUGGCCGCGUGCACGCCCAGACGGGCUACGUGCUGGACCCGCACACGGCGGUGGCGCAGGUGGUGGCGAGCCGGGUGCAGGACGCCUCCUGCCCCGUGCUGCUCUGCUCCACUGCUCACUACGGGAAGUUCGCCCCCUCGGUCUGCAGAGCGCUAGGGCUCCAGAGCGUCCCGGAGGAUCCUGUGCAGCAGCUGGCGGCGCUGGAGGCCGCCGUGCGCAGCCCGGGAGCCCACGGCGAGCUGGUGCGGCGUCUGGGAGGCGCCAGGAUGGCGCACACCGUCCGGCAGGCCGAGUACGGCGAGCUGGCGGAGGAGGUGGAGGCCAUGAUACAGGACUCCUUCCUGAAAACUACAUAGACACACAGGACGGGCAGCGGAAGUCGGCCAGAGUUCAUAUAUGGAACAUCUAGUUAAAAUAAAAGAAGAUAUAUUUGUAAAAAAUUGGGG